UUAUCACCGAUAAUUAAUCAUACUAUACAUGAAUAUUCAUUUAUUGAAGAAAUCAGUAAAAGAAAAUAACAUAUAACAAACAUUUUUUUCUUCAAUAAGAGUAAAAGACAUGCGCCAACAGUAGCGCAUGCUGACAAUUGAACCACUAUUGAUCGUUUAACACACACGAGUUGUUCGUUUUUCAUAGAGAAAUUUAAUUUUACGUGACAAUAAAAUAGUGAACUACGAAAGAAGGAUUUUUUUUACAUUAAGUAGCAUUUUAUUUAAUUAAUUAAAGUGAUAUUCAUCCAAUAAUUUUAAUUUUAUUAUUGUAGUAGAUUUAGAUAAGUAAUCAUGAUUCAUAUUAUAUUAUCCAAAGAAUUUUUUCUCUUAUGGAACAUUUUGAGUACAGCUUUGUGUAUUCCAUCUACCCCAGGUUCACCUAGACAAUUAUUAGACCAUAUUUACACCACAAGUAGACCAAUUAAAACUAUUGUGGAAUUUCAUACUCCAAAAUCAUUAUCAUUGCACAUUAGUGGUAAUACUGUCAAACCAUCUAUUGAAACUUCAACGUCAAUAACAUCGUCAAUAAAAACCACGACAUCAUCAACUCCAAGAAUAAUUAACGCAGAACAACCACUUUAUCGAUUAAAUAGUAUAAAUGGACAAACAUGUAUUUUACUUCAAGUUGAUGCACUGAUUACUGUUAAAUUCCGUACAAGAUUAGGAGAAGAACAGGAAGCUAAUAUUUAUGUUCCUAGCGACGCUACUGUCACUGGAAAUUGUGAUACUGAAAACUUUGUGACUAUGUCAUUGAAAUGGAAAGCUUUUGUGCUAUCUUGGAGUUUUGCUAAGACUCCUGGAGGUGAACGAUGGUAUGUUGACAAAAUUGAAUUGACUUACAAUUCAAGUGAUCGUCAUUUUGAACAUAUUGACCAACCAAAUAAAACAAUUAGGUUAAGCACUGGACAAAAACACAGUCCAACAUUAUUCCCAACUCCAGUUGGAAAGUCGUAUGUCUGUGACGAAGAAGUAAGCGUUCCUUUGACUGAUGGCAAAAAUAAUGCAGUUCUCUUAUUAAGAGACAUGAAGUUACAACCUUUCAAGUAUAAAAGCAAUGACUUUGCUGCUGAAUUUUCAUGUAAAUCAUUGAGUGCUCGAGCUGGUAGAGAUGAAACUGCUCCAGUUGCUGUUGGUUCAACCCUUGCAGCUGCAGUACUCCUGACUAUCACUGGUUAUGCAGCAUGGCGAUACUUUAAAGUAAAAAAAGUUAAAUAUGAUACAAUGGAAUAAACACAGGCGCUAUAAUAAACAUAAAAAGCAUAAAUCUUAAUAAUGAAAAUAAUAAUAUACGAUAUUAAUAAUAAAUAAUAAAUUAGAAAAUAAAUUUUAAGUAAAAUAAAUUGUUUUUUAUCUCGUAAGUUGUGGCCUGAAUUGUAAACGUUUUGAACAUAUCUAUAGAAUGUACUAACAAUUCUCAGUAAUCAUUCAUACAUGAACAUAAACUUUACUUUAAUGCAGUUCAGAUAAAGUGAUAUAUUUAAGAUAUUAUUUGUAGAAAAAACUAAACUAUUGUUAUCAAUCUAAAAAUUUUAUUUAUUUAAAUCAAAACCAAGUCAAAUCGCAAACUCUCAUGGUUGUAUUAAAAAGCAUUUUAAUUGAACGUUGUAAUGGACGUAUCGUUAAAUAAUCGAUAAAAUUCAAUAAAAAUAAUAGAAAGUCAAUACUAAA